CCCCGCGGGUUUAUAGCGGAGGGGUUCGCGGCGCGGCUGCAGCAGGCGGAGCGGCGGCAUGGCAGCUACCGAGGGCGGGCGGCAGGUCGCGAACUUCGGCGCCGGGCCGGCGAAGCUGCCGCGCUCCGUAUUAUUAGAAGCACAGAAAGAAUUGGUGGACUACAAAGGACUUGGUAUAAGUGUUCUUGAAAUGAGCCAUCGGUCUUCAGAUUUCACAAAAAUUCUAAAUACAACUGAAAAUCUCAUGCGUGAAUUGCUAAAUAUACCAGACAACUACAAAGUUAUUUUCCUUCAGGGAGGUGGAUCUGCUCAGUUCAGUGCAGUCCCGCUUAACCUUAUUGGUUUAAAGGAGGGAAGACAGGCAGAUUAUGUGGUUACUGGAGGCUGGUCGGCAAAAGCAGCUAAAGAAGCAGAGAAGUAUGCCAAAGUAAAUAUUGUUCAUCCCAAACUAGGAACCUACACAAGCAUUCCUGACCCAAGCACUUGGAAUCUUAAUCCGGAUGCAUCUUAUGUGUACUACUGUGCUAAUGAAACUGUUCAUGGUGUGGAGUUUGACUUUGUACCUGAUGUCAAAGGAGCUGUCUUGGUUUGUGAUAUGUCAUCAAACUUCCUGUCCAAACCUGUCGAUGUUUCCAAGUUUGGUGUGAUUUUUGCUGGUGCUCAGAAGAAUGUUGGCUGUGCUGGAGUUACUGUUGUAAUAGUACGUGAGGACUUGCUGGGAUUUGCACUGAAGGAAUGCCCUGUUGUACUGGAUUACAAAACACAGGCAGCAAAUAGCUCAUUGUAUAACACUCCACCAUGCUACAGUAUUUAUAUCAUGGGAUUGGUACUAGAAUGGAUAAAGAAUAAUGGUGGAGCUGCAGCUAUGGAUAAACUCAGUUUAAUCAAGUCACGGAUGAUCUAUGAUAUUAUAGACAAAUCUAAUGGAUUUUAUGUAUGUCCAGUGGAGAGAAAAAACCGAAGCAGAAUGAAUGUACCUUUCCGCAUUGGCAGUGUCAAGGGUGAUGAAGCUCUGGAAAAGAAAUUUCUUGAGAAGGCUGUGGAACUUAACAUGAUAUCUCUGAAAGGACAUCGGUCUGUGGGAGGAAUCCGUGCCUCUUUAUAUAAUGCAGUGACUGUAGAAGAUGUUCAGAAGCUUGCAACAUUCAUGAGAAGCUUCAUGCAGAUGCAUCAGUCAUAAAUACCCACGGGUUAGAGCCAUGCUGCACAUCUACGAAAUAAAAGCUAAAGGGUUUUAACAUUAUGGUGGUACUGCACAGCUGUAGUGCACAAGUUUUAUUUUCUUUUAGUUCCUGUAGCAAUUUUAAUUAACUGAAUGGAACAGAAGCCCAGUCUUGCAGUAAUGUGGCAACUUUGGCUUUGCUGAAGGUGACGAUCCCCAGACUGAUCAUGAUUGAUUGCAAAAUUUGAAAAUAUGUGGUUAAAGCAUGAAUAACAUUAUAAGAUGCUAUGGAUCUGAGUCUCUUUCUCACUUCUAGUUACAACUGACUUCAGUACUGCCUUCUUUUUAGUAAAAUUCAGGAAGCAAAAUUUGUCAUAAGCUCUCUGUAAUGCUUUACAAAUACUCUCUGCAUAAUGAAGGUAAACUGACAUGAUCUCUAGGGUCAUCUAGUUCAUUUAUGGGGUAUAUUGCAACAGUGUACCACCAGCAGUAUUUAGGAGUUAACACUGGCGUUCCUAACUUGAGAAUCAGGCCUUCAGACUACUGCUCCAGUGCUAGAAGUACUGUCAUAACCAUUGCAAGUAAUUGUGCUUAAAGUCUGCAGGACUGGGCCUUUCUUCCGAUUAACAUUUAUUAGUUUAAAGCUGAGAUUCAUGAGUCUGAUUAAAUCAGUUUCUAAGAUGUAUUUUAUUUCUCUAUGCAUUUUGUAUAAUAAACGCCUAGGUUAUUAAUGUUACAUUCUUAUUUUGGAGCAUACAUAUUUGCUGCUGCAAAGAAUUUGCUUUUCAUUUGUUGACCUGGUGCCAGACUGGAUUGCUAUAUUCCACUCAACGAGCCUGUGACUUUCUCUGUGCUGACUUUGAGCCUGAAGUGCAGCAGACUUCUUUGUCUGGUGUUUCUUAAGUGCUCUAUUUGCUCCAGUAUUUGCUCUACCUUUUCAUUCUUUCAGUUGUGUAGGCUUUUAUAUGUGGAACUUUGUCCAGCUGGAGUAAAUAAUAGUCUUCUCUGCCUUUUCCUGACACUGAAGUGUAGUUUUGGUCCCACUUUCUCACUUGGUCCUUCUAGCUUAUUGCACUCUUUUAUACUCUGGGCUAGAGAAGUCACUGUGGUUAUGCAAAGAUCUUUGAAGGCUCUCCUGUUGUGGAACCCUUGAGUUACUUUUUUUCUCAGCUUGUGACUUUACUACUCAUAUAUUGACCUUAAUCUCCUAUUUAACUUGUGAAGAAGCUAUCUGCUACUGUCAAAGUGUUUAGCAUUACUACAGCUGGUUUCAGACUAAACUCUUUGACACAUAAUGGGGAUUUCUUUUUUUUUUAAAAUUUUUGUGUAACAUCAGUACAGUGGUAACAAUUUAUUAAUGAUAAUGAUGCACUAUCCCUUUGUUGAUGGAACCUCAGAGCAAGUCAGUGGAAUGUGCUAGGGUUGAGUUACAUUCCUAUCUGAAAAGUCAUAAUUUUAAGACUACUGUUUGGAGAUUUCUGUCAACUUAGUGUUAUUCAAAGUAAGUAAAUAAUGUGAAACAAAUAAAAUCUAAUCGUGUCAUGAUGUGAAGUACCAUUGUGUUUGAAACUUUUUGAUUUUUGUCAUUUUCAGGAUGAAAAUCAAGACUAAUAUGUGUCAGAAUUUUAGAUUCUGGUCUACUUCUUUUCCUUAAAAAGCAAGUUUCCCUCAUGUGUGUUUUAUUUCUUUACAAGAAGAGUCUUUCCUAUAAGAGCCAUGGAAACAAAAGUAUUAGUAUGAAUGCUUAAAGAACCCUUUUUGCCCUGUGAAUUAUGAAUAUCUAAUUUGGAUUCCAUAUUAAGCUUUUUAACUUAAUUAAUUAAUUUUUCUGAGUUUUUAGUACUGCAAAAAACCCCAAAUUUUGCCCUUGUAGCCAAGAAGGACAGUGUUGUCCUGGCUUGCAUGAGGAAGAGCAGUGACAACAGGUGAAGGGAGAUCAUCCUGGUCUUCUGCUCAACCCUGGUGAGACAUGUUUGGAGUAUUAUGUCCACUUCUGAGCUUCUCAGCACAACAAAGACAUGGAGCUGCUGGAUCAAGUUCAGUGGAUAAAAACAAAGCUGACAAGGGGCCUGGAGCAUCUCUCUUACAAGGAAAGGCUGAGGGAGGGAGGCCUGUUGAGCACAGAGCGGAGAUGACUGAGAAGGGACCUGAUCAAUGUCAAUAAAUUCCUGAAGGGAGGGCAUCAAGAGGAUGGAUCCAGGCUCUGCUUGGUGGUGCUGAGCAAUAGGACAAGAUGCAGUGGGCACAAAUGGAUGCACAGGACCUUUUCUUUGAAUAUAAAGAAGAACUUGACUGAGCCCUGGAACAGAUUGUGCACAGCAGUGGGUGUAUGGGGUCUCCUCACUGGGAAAAUUAAAGAAUUAUCUGGACACAA